AGUGACGUAGGCAGGGCGAAAUUUGAACGUCUUUUUUCGAGCUGCCGUUGUGAAGCGGACAGACAGAAACAAACACAGUGUUUAUACAACGAUUUUAAGACUUUAAAAGCCGCGUUGUUUUAUUAUAUAAGAUGAGGUUUAGGCGCAGCAGAGUCGGGAAGUUAAAUAUGAGGGGAGUUUGGUGACUUUGAACGGUUGUUUUUAUUGAAAAGCGUCAAGCGGAACUCUGAGGGAAAACAAGCUAAAGCUAACGUUAGCCGUCAGAGUUUGUGUUUAACACCCAAAGCGUUAUUCCGCUUGUUUUUAACCCGAACGCACCUUCAAGCUCACAUUUAGCUGUUUUUAUCCGUAGUAAUGAAGGUUUUGGAGCGAAAUGUGGUUCGUCUGGCCGUUGUUCAGCAUCUCCGAUCGGUUUAUGGAAUAAAAAUCAAAAACUGGAAUAAAAACAGAAACAAACAGACAUCGUCGAACACGGUGAAGGUGUUUGGGGUUGCUCUUGAAGCUCUGCCACACUGUCAUGUGUUAGACUACGGAGAUGUACCCUGUUUUAUAGCAGAUGUUUGUACGAGUCUCCUGGAGCAUCUGGACACCGAGGGGCUCUUCAGGAAGUCUGGUUCUGUGGUGCGGGUCAAGAGCCUCAGGGCCCGACUGGAGCAGGGCGAGGACUGUCUGUCCACUGCUCUCCCGCUGGACGUCGCUGGACUUCUGAAGCAGUUUUUCCGGGAGCUUCCCGAACCGGUUCUGACCCCUGACCUCCACAGUGCUUUCCUGAAGGCCCAGGAGCUGCCCACGGAUGAGGAGAGGACCUCGGCCACGGUCCUGCUGUCCUGCGUGCUGCCCGACAGGAAUCUAAACACACUGCGGUACUUCUUCAGUUUCCUGAAGAGCGUCUCCCAGCGAUGUGCUGAGAAUAAGAUGGACAGCAGUAAUCUGUCGGUCAUCUUCGCUCCUAAUCUCUUUCACUGUGGAGACGGCGGGGACAAGAUGAGCAGCAGCACAGAGAAGAGACUCAAGCAUCAGGCAGCGGCCGUGCAGCGGCUCAUAGACAACGCUCAACACCUCGGUGUGGUUCCUCGGUUCCUGAUGGAGAAGGUUCCAGUCAUGUUGGGUUGUGAUGCUGGAGUGUUUUCUCCAUCGUCUGUGUCUCUAGAAGACAGUAACGCUCACUCAGACCUGAAGAAGAGCAACAGACGCAGUUUAGGAGACAUGGUUAAUGGAGCUCUGAAUAGGUUUAAAACUAGUAGAACCCCAACACAUACCCCUCAGUCCGAUGGAGCAGUUUUCUCCAUAGCCACUCCUGUCAUCAUGACUCCGAACUCCAAGCGUAAGCUUCCUGUCGAGUCGACACACACUUACGGGUUCUCGAGCAAGAAACGCAGGUCCAUCAAGAAGAACCUGGGCCUGGAGCUGUUCCCGAACGCUCUGUUUGGAGGAGCGUCUACACCUGGAUCAGCACACAGCGCAGCAGGAGCUCUGGACUCGUCUCACAGCGGUUUACUGUCGUCUGUGGGCAGAAACACUCGGGCGUCCAGCAGCUCGGCCAAGAGGAAGAGCAGACGACUCAGAGUCCGCAGAGUUGAAUCGGGGAAGGCCGGCUGUUUCUCGCCCAGAGUCGCUAAGAAAGAGCCUGUGAGGAAAUCUCUGCGUCUGCGCUUCAGUUUGGGCAAAUCCAGCCGAGAGUCUAACGUCAUUACACACUCACAACCGGGGCCGAAGAGGUCAGAGGUCAUAGGUUUUCGCCUAGCGACACAGAGUUCUGGGUUUCACUUCACCAAGGAGCUCAGUCCGGCUGUUUUGAACAAGAGCCCCUCGAAAGGCUCCAGGUUCAUCAGUGUCUCCGAGGAUAACCUUCUGACGCCGCAGUGUGUUUCUACAGACCACAGCAGCUCAUGGAGCCGAGACCUGAGCUUCACGAGGGAUUCCUUCUGUGAGACUCCCAUGAGCCUCUGUGUGAAGAGCAGCUCCCGCUCCGAGCCAACCAUCAUCCUGAGCAAACCUGUUCUUCCCAAGAGCCUCUGCUGCGACGACAGCGCCUUGGACUCGUCCAGUGAAGAGCGCUCUCACACCGGACCCACGCUACUGAAGAUCAAACAAGCUUUCGGUGGAUCUCACAGUGACCUCCACAGCAUCGUCACACAGCAGAACCACGAGGAACCGCAAGACAGCACUUGUGCAAACUCUGAGGCGGCCGAAACCAAAUCAGUGUCUGAUUCAGAUGAUAACAGAUGGUUAGAGACCGUUAACACACCUCUACAUAUAGACAGCACUCUGUUCGACAGCGGACCGAAAUGGUUUGUAGACACCAGCUCUAACGGAUCCCUUUGUCUUGAAAAUAAAAGCAGGGGUUUUCUAAAAGAGACGUCUGGAGACUGCAGCCAACUGGUCGACGCUUUAGACAUCCAGAGUCCCGUGGCUUUCAGACUGGAGACGUCCAACAGAGUUCAAUCUACUCCGUAUGCAACAAGAUCCCAAACGAAUAACAAUACGUCUCUGCUGAGCGAACUCAAAGAGUCUUUAGUAACAGAUAAGACCGACGAAGAUCAAGCGGAGAUGCCACAGAACCCUACCGGAGCCAAUGAAGCUCGCCGAAUGAGAGUCGCCGAACAGAUUAAACGCUUCAACAUGAUGACGCUGAAUUCACCCCAAACCAAAGUGGUCCGAUCUCCUCUGAAGCUCCAGCGCACGCCGGUCCGGCAGUCGGUCAGGAGGAUCAACUCUCUGAUCGGAGGCCGGAAGGACACAAGGAUGGGUUGGUGCUCCGCCAGUCAGAGGAAGACCGUGAGUUUAGAAAGUGGUUUGCAAACAUCCUCGAAACCCAAACCUCCAGUUCCUCCGGAGAAACCAGCGAUCAAAGCGCUGGAAGACGUCACCAAUAAGGCUCCAAAGACCAAGUGUGACACCCUCUCAGCCAAUAAGAACGCUGCACAUGAACGUCCCAAAUCAAUCCUGCUACAAGUGUCUAAAAGCGAUACGAGUCACUACAGAGGUUCACCUAAAAACCCUCUAACUCAGGGAAGACUGCUGCCAGUGAUGAAACCCAUUGAUAUAUGAGUCGCCAUGACUUUAAACUCUUUCGUCCGAAGAUGUUUCUGAACUCUGGCAUUCAGGGUCUUAAUUAAGUUCGCUAAGGUGAACUUUGCUCGUUUUACAGGAGUGAGAUUUUUACUUUAUAAGGAAGUUGCUGAAUUUGCUUCAGCAUGUAGUUUUGGAUUUCAGGGUCGCUUUGGUUUGAACGUCAAACUCGAGUGUGCACGAAGCAAACCGAUCCUGUGAUUUGAGAUCACAAUCUGAAAUCUAUAAUUUUGAAAUAUGCUCAUCGGUUGCAUGAGUUUCUAGUUGUUUUGCUGUAAGUGAAAAGACGAGUACAUGAGAGUGAAUGAAGCGAGAUGUGAAAAUGGAUGUUUGUAAGUUAGAUCGGGAAAGGUUGGAUUCUGGAAGUGUCUUAUUUACUGUUAUUUAUGUUUUAUGCAAACACCAAAAGCCUUAAAGAUGACAUUCCUGGUGUACCUCAAGGAAAUGUCGGCAGUAUUAUGCGCUCAUGUGAUUAUCCUCAAUGCUGGUGUUAUUUUUCACUCAUUUAUGAACAUGAUGUUCUGCUUUUCUACAUGAAGUUAACUAAACUCUGUUUAACUGA